AAUAUGAGCUGGCAAUAAUUUUUCCACGGAGGAAUUGCUUCUGCCAAGUAAAAUGGACACUGGUCAAGGUAGCUCCGGAGGAGUGUCGAAGGGAAUUAUAUGCAACUGCUGGGAUCUGAUAGGAUUCAAAUCUAUCAAACCUGUAAUGGAAUGCGGAGUCAAAAGGCAGCUUGACUUUGAAGAUUUGCUUGAGCUACCCAUUGAUAUGGAUCCUUCAUCCUGCCACACUUUGCUGUUAAAUUGCUGGAAAGCUCAAGAAAGAAAUGAAUAUUCCCGUCCUUCAUUAAUCAAAGCAAUUUGUCAUGCAUAUGGAUGGCCAUAUUUCCGUCUUGGUCUUCUGAAGGUGCUUAAUGACUGUCUCGGUUUUGCGGGUCCAUUGCUACUCAAUAAGUUGAUCCGCUUUCUUCAGCAAGGUUCAAGAGACUAUGAUGGCUAUAUUCUUGCACUAUCCUUGGGCCUUUCUUCUGUCUUGAACUUCUUUCAAGUUCUUGUCAAACUACAUGGUGUUAUUGGUGAACUUUCAUGUUGCUUCGUUGAAUUGAUUAGACCUCUUAUAAAAAGAAGAAUGAAGUUCGCCAGCUUGGAUGUUGUCCUUUUCCCUUUUCCUUGGUUACCAGAUCUAUUAAUCAUGAAAUGCAUCAGUUUGCCAUUGCAGAUUGGAAUUGCUCUUUAUCUACUGUAUAAACAAGUCAAGUUUGCAUUUCUGUCUGGAAUAGCUAUAACAAUUCUGCUAAUACCAGUUAAUAAGUGGAUUGCAAAUGUGAUUGCAAAUGCUACAAAGAGCAUGAUGGAGCAAAAGGAUGAAAGGGUUAGAAUGACAGCGGAGAUUUUAACACAUAUACGUACUUUUAAAAUGUAUAGUUGGGAGCUACUUUUUGCAAGUUGGCUGAUGAAGACGAGAUCGGAAGAAGUGAAAUACCUAUCAACUAGGAAAUACUUGGAUUCAUGGUGCGUUUUCUUCUGGGCAACAACACCAACACUUUUCUCGUUGUUCACAUUUGGACUCUAUACUUUGAUGGGCCAUCAACUUGAUGCAGCAACGGUUUUCACUUGUGUCGCACUGUUUAAUAACUUGAUUUCUCCAUUAAAUUCAUUCCCUUGGGUCAUUAAUGGGUUAAUUGAUGCUGUAAUAUCUUCCAGGAGGUUAUGCAAGUAUCUAUCCUGUUUUGAGCGGGAGACAAACAUGGAACAACCAAGCAAUUGUUCGGUUUUCUCUUCCUCUGAUAAGCAGACCGAAUUGCAAGAUGUGGCUGUUGUCAUCCGUGAUGCAUCUUGCACAUGGUCGUGCCGUGACCAGAAGGAAAUAGAUUUGGUUUUGGAUCCUGUUAAUCUUCUUAUUCCGAAAGGUUUACUGGUUGCAGUAGUUGGAGAGGUUGGGUCUGGUAAAUCAUCCUUGUUGAAUUUGAUUUUGGGGGAGACGGGGUUAAUUAACGGAUCUGUGUACCGGACUGGUUCAAUUGCAUAUGUACCGCAGGUUGCUUGGAUUCUCUCAGGAACCAUACGUGAUAACAUUUUGUUUGGGAGAGACUAUGACCCAAGGAGAUACUCGGAAGUAUUACAAGCUUGUUCCUUGGACUUCGAUAUUUCCAGAAUGAUGGGAGGUGAUAUGGCCUCUGUUGGAGAAAAAGGAUUUAACUUAUCUGGUGGACAGAGAGCUCGUCUUGCACUUGCCAGAGCCAUCUAUCAUGACGCGGAAAUUUACCUACUUGAUGAUAUCCUCAGUGCAGUUGAUGCACAUGUUGGUUUUUCAAUUUUACAUAAUGCAAUUCUCGGCCCUCUGAUGAGUCAGCAUACACGCAUCCUUUGCACACAUAACUUUCAGGCAAUAUCUGCCGCAGACUUGGUAAUUGUGAUGGAUAAAGGACGUGUGCAGUGGGUGGGGAAUCCAACUGAGUUUUCUUGUUCUUCUGAUGUAGUAUUCUCAACAAUCGAUGAACUUAGCACUUGUUCUGAAGUUCAACGGCAGGAUAAAAAAUCAAAUAUUUCUAGUGAGAUCCAGCAGAAAGUUUCAGAGGGUGAUUUUAUAUGUACUCCUGGUGGAAAUCAAGUGACUGAUGAAUCAGAGGCUCGGAAAGAAGGAAAAGUCGAACUCACUGUAUACAAGAGCUAUGCUGCUUUUGCUGGUUGGUUCAUCACAGUUUUAACAUGUCUCUCUGCGGUUUUGAUGCAAGCUUCUCGUAAUGGAAAUGACAUGUGGCUCUCGUAUUGGGUUGAUGCAAGUGGAAGAAACCAGAAAGCAUAUUCAACAAACUUUUACCUGGCCACACUUUCUCUUUUCUGUCUGGCAAAUUCCUUGCUAACUUUAGUGAGGGCAUUUUCAUUUGCAUUUGGUGGGCUACGUGCCGCUGUUAAGGUGCAUGAUCGAUUAUUAGAGAAGCUUAUAAGUGCACCUAUUAGCUUCUUUGAUCUGAACCCAACUGGGAGAAUUAUAAACAGAUUGUCUUCAGAUCUCUACACAAUUGACGAUUCUCUUCCCUUUAUUCUCAAUAUUCUGCUAGCUAAUUUUGUUGGCCUUUUGGGGAUUGCUGUAGUUCUUUCAUACGUGCAGGUCAUGUUUUUGUUUCUGUUAAUGCCUUUCUGGUACAUCUACAGAAAAUUACAGCUGUACUACAGGUCAACAUCACGUGAGUUGCGUAGACUUGACAGUGUAUCUCGGUCACCUAUAUAUGCAUCUUUUACGGAGACUCUGGAUGGAUCAUCAACAAUAAGAGGCUUUAAAUGCGAGUUUUUUUUUCUGCUCAAAUUUAAUCAGCAUCUGAUGACAUAUCAGAGGACUUCGUAUUCAGAAGUAACAGCGAGUUUGUGGCUCUCCCUGCGCCUUCAGUUGCUCGCAGCUUUUAUCGUGUCAUUCAUCGCGGUGAUGGCAGUUAUUGGUUCUCAUGGAUACCUCCCCAUCAGUUUAGGUACGCCAGGGUUGAUUGGUUUGGCUCUCUCAUAUGCGGCUCCAAUUGUAUCUUUACUUGGAAGCUUCUUAACAAGUUUCACGGAAACAGAGAAAGAGAUGGUUUCUAUUGAGAGGAUCUUACAGUAUAUGGAUGUUCCUCAAGAAGAAGAUGUUGGAGGUCAUCCGUUACAUCCACAAUGGCCCCAUCAAGGAGAGAUCAAUUUUGUCAAUGUGACUCUUAAGUACAAGCCACAACUGCCUCCUGCUUUGUGUGGUGUUUCUUUUGACAUUGCUGGGGCAACACAGGUUGGUAUAAUUGGAAGAACAGGUGCAGGAAAAUCAAGUAUUUUGAACGCCAUAUUUCGGCUCUACCCAACAUGUGGAGGAUCUAUCAUGGUUGAUGGCAUAAACGUUGCUGGUGUUUCUGUCAGAUAUCUUCGCUCAAGAUUCGCUGUUGUACCCCAGGCUUCUUUCUUGUUUGAAGGAUCGAUAAGGAAAAAUCUAGAUCCAUUGCAAGAGAACAUGGAUUUUGAGAUCUGGAAUGCCCUAGAAAAAUGCAACAUCAAGGAGGAGGUAGAAGCAGUAGGUGGACUGGAUGUUCAACUGAAAGGGUUUGGAACAGCAUUCUCUGUUGGUCAAAAGCAGCUAAUCUGCCUUGCACGUGCUCUCCUCAAGUCUUGUAAGGUACUUUGCUUGGAUGAAUGUACGGCAAAUGUGGAUACUGAAACAACUUCAAAACUACAGAAAACUCUAGCCACUGAAUGCCAGGGAACAACGGUUAUCACAAUUGCCCAUCGCAUUUCCACAGUUUUGAACNUUUUUUUUUUUUUUUUUUUUUUUUUGAAAAGAUGGAAAUGUUUGCAGAAUGUCAUCCAAAUUGAGAUUGAUCCAGAUUCUCAUCUUUCCUUUUUUGGUUUCCAGGUUGAACAGGGUAACCCGCGGAUUCUUCUAGAAGAUCAGUCAUCCAUAUUUUUCAGCUUCGCCAAAGCUUCAAAAAUGUGA